AUGAAGAUGGAGCUCGUCGGGGUUAACUGGUUCUUGCCGCUGCAGGUUUUCUUUCUGUGGACCAGCGUUGGUUCUGCUGCUCCCAUGGUGUGCCACUAUAACUCCAGAGCACUGUGUGAGUUCCAGGGGAAGAACUACUCGCUGGGGGAAAGCUGGAUGGACAACGCCUGCAUGCAGUGCACCUGUCUGCACCCUGUGGGAGUCGGCUGCUGCGAGACGGUGCAGCGGCCGGUGGACUUCCCCGCGUGGUGUGAGCUGCGUGUGGAGCAGCUGACCUGCAGCGUGUCCCUGGUCCAGACAGCCGACCCCCGCCUGCCCUGCUCCCCCGGGGAGGGCAUGAAGGACCCCGGCCACGGCUCCUUUGAUCUGAAGCAGCAGCAGCUCGACUGGUAGAAAACCAUCUCAGACACCGCUAUCUGUUCAAGCUGUUUGCCUGUGGAACCAGUACUCACUAGGGUUAAAUACCAGUAACCACUUUAUACACA